AGUCGCUGUUACAUAAUUAUGGUUUUUCUUUUUUCGUUGCUCGUGUGUUUUAAGCCGGCCUUUUCCCCCUAAAGAGCGGCGAGGAUGCCUUCGAUCGAAUUUGACGAUUCGAAGCCAAGCUGGGCUGACCAAGUAGAAGAGGAAGGAGAUGAGGGUACCCUUCCAGCAUCUAAAGAGACCAUCAAAGGAAAUAUAAAAACUGUCACAGAAUACAAGAUUGAUGAAGAUGGCAAGAAGUUCAAGAUCGUCCGCACAUUCAAGAUUGAAAACAGGAAGGCCUCUAAAGCAGUGGCCCGGAGAAAGAAUUGGAAAAAGUUUGGCAACUCUGAGUUUGACGCCCCUGGACCCAACGUGGCCACUACAACAGUCAGCGAUGAUGUGUUUAUGACCUUCAUCUCCAGCAAAGAGGAUCUGAACGCUACAGACCAGGAUGAGGAUCCCAUGAACAAGCUGAAGGGACAGAAGAUUGUCUCCUGCCGAAUCUGCAAGGGUGAUCACUGGACCACUCGCUGCCCAUACAAGGACACCUUGGGCCCCAUGCAGAAAGAGCUGGCCGAACAACUGGGUCUGUCCACAGGAGAGAAGGAGAAGUCUACCGACGAGGCAGAGCCUGCCGCACCCGCACAGAGCAAGACUGGCAAGUAUGUUCCCCCCAGCCUGAGGGACGGAAGCACGCGUAGAGGAGAGUCCAUGCAGCCCAACCGCAGAGCUGAUGAUAAUGCCACCAUCCGUGUGACAAAUCUGUCCGAGGACACCAGGGAGACGGACUUGCAGGAGUUGUUCAGGCCCUUCGGCUCCAUCUCCAGGAUCUACCUGGCCAAGGACAAGAACACCGGACAGUCCAAGGGCUUUGCCUUCAUCAGUUUCCACCGCCGCGAGGAUGCAGCCAGGGCCAUCGCAGGGGUGUCUGGAUUCGGUUACGACCAUCUCAUCCUCAAUGUUGAAUGGGCCAAGCCUUCAAACAACUGAGGGGGAAAGAGCUGAAAAUGGAUCAGAAGAAAAUUCCUGGUGGGUGAUUUCAGCAAUGGUCCUAGCCAAAUGCCUGUUAAUCUUAAUAAAGGAAAUUUGAAAUAAA